AUGACCACGCCUACCCGCUCCCAACCCGUCCGACCCCUCUCCCUGUACCGUUGCCCCCUGCAGGUUAUAUUGUCUCAACCCCAACCCCCCUUGUCUGCACCAUCGGACAUCGAGCACGCCACGCGCCCACUGGCGUGGUUGUUUAGCUGUUCGAAUUCUGAAGCUUCUUUCUCAGACCGAUCAUCUCUUUCCCGGCCGCCGCGCCCGACUCCCACUCCCUCUGGCCUUCCAAACAUUCCUCCAACUGAGCCCCCCCACUCGUCACCACCUCGCGCCAAGAGGACUCGUUUCCCCUCAUUCUUGGCGCCCUCAGCCCUAUCCCCUGGCCAUGGUCCGCUCCUACGCCCCCCCCGACUCCGCGGCCACAAACCCGGUCCCGAACCCGCGCUCCGACCCACCUCGCUUCACGCCUCACACAAGCGCACGAGAGGGCCGCCACAUUAUACGCGGGCCAGAAAGGUGCAUCCCCCGCUGAGAGCCUGGAGCUCAGCACCCCUCUAG